UGUGAAUAUUCUCUACCUACUUUUUGCAUUUGACGCGUUAUCAGUUUGAAGUUAUUAUUUUUUGACUUUCGUUGUGAAGUUUGUGUUCUUAUGAAAAUAAGUUAUAUUUUUAGUUUCUUCUUUACUUUUAUAGCCAUGCGUUUGCAGUUCAAACUCUAUCAAAUUACAAUACUGUAUUUCCUGGGUGCUACGUAUAUGUUAUUUUUUCCGCCACGAAAUUUCAGAAGGUGAUUGAUGUAGCUUUAUUUUGAUUCAUUGUAAUACCUAAAAGUUUAUAGAACCAAGAUAUUUUGCACGUAAGGCUAAGUCUCUAAAUAAAAGGAAAUUAGAUUUUAUAAGGUCAAACUCUAAAAUGUGGUUUAAAAGUGGCUUCGAUCAGGAAAACAGUUCUUAAGAGGAUGAAACAAUAAUUUAUUAUUAAUGAAUUUAGAUCAGGAGCAAAAAUGCGCAUGAUAAGGCGCAUUGGACCUGAGCUCACAUACAAGAAAUACGUCGACAGCAAGGAUGUAGUGUUAGCGGCCGAGCGUAUGGUCCGGGAGGCACCGGACGUGUCACGUCUGCUGUACCUUAAACCGAAUACGGCGCAGAAUCGUAGCCUGGUUGCUUUGGAGCUGCAAAGUGAUAGACAGAGUAGUAAGCCUGGAAUUCUUGUCAUAGCUGCACUAAAUGGAAUGGCAUGGGGAGCGCCAAAUGCAGUUCUUGAGCUAGCAGAAAAACUUCUGUACGAUACUAAUUAUCAGACACCCUUCUUCAAUGACUACGAUUGGUAUUUAAUCCCAAUGGCAAAUCCCGACGGUAUUAAUUUCACUCAAAGCCAACGUCAUCUACCGCCACUGAACGCUAACGAAUGGGCUGUUAAUCUAACAGCCAGAGCCAAGACCCGCGCUGACGAGUGGCACAAGAAUGUGGAUACCGGAAAGGGAACGGACACAUGUUUUGGCACUAAUAUCAAUCGUAAUUUUGCAUUUCAUUGGCAAGAUGAUGUCAGCAAGUCCCCCGACCGUUGCUCGCAAUGGUUUCCAGGCGUUCGGCCGUUCUCUACAAACGAAGCACAAGCUAUACGGCUAUACGUCGACAAACUUGGUGAAACUAUUCAGCUUGCUGUACAUUUACACGCAAGUUUUAUCCCAAAGAAGGAGUUCAUGGUAUAUCCGUGGCGGUAUUCGCUACGGAUGCCAAGCAACCAUUACACUUUGCAAGAUAUCGGAGAAUAUGCAGCCAGGUUAUCGCGUCAGCCCGAUGGAAGAGUAUAUGAGGUGCACCAAAGUAGCAACGACGGACGCGUGGCGGGCUCGGUGAUAGACUAUCUGUCUGGCGUGGUGGGGACCGAGCUAGUGUACCUACUCAAGCCUUAUCACAAGAAGUUUCCAGACUACGACGAUGCAAAUCACCUCAAAGUCUACGUGAACAAGGCGACGUCGGCAAUCCUGAGCCUGGUCCGCGGCUGGCGUAGGAGCACCAAACAAAACACGCUCACCUUCUUCGGCGUUGAUGUCGAAUUCUAGACUAACAUCUUAUUAUUUUAAUAAAUCAAACUAUCGUUUCUUUA